CAAACCGGGGCGUGGGUCCGGGCAUCACCAAGUCCUACAGUGUCGAGGGCGCAGCGCCCCCCCGUCCCGCCCCACCAUCUCCACCAUGGGCCUCCUCACCACCACCAUAAUGGCAGCCUCGUCCGCCGACCUCAGAUGCCACAGGCAGUAUCACAGUCGAGCGGCGUGGGCAUGGGCGGGCGAAGGCAGGCGCCCCGAGGGGCAGCGGCAGAUGACAGCAGCAACCGCGGCGGGCGGUGGCGAGGCAGCGGAGCGCCCGGCACCGGCCAUGGAUAUGAACUCUCACAAGAUCUUGCAGAUAUGCGUCUGGAGAUGCUGGAACGCAGGUAUGGUGGCGAGGUAGCGCGCCGGGCGGCGGUGACCAUCCAGAGAGCCUACCGACACUAUGCCAUGUACAAAAAGUUCCGCUCCAUCACUGCCACAGCCAAAGCACAGGAGAAGCGCCUCUCGCGGAGGUUCACCGUGGACGUGCCCGAGUGGAACGACACCUCCAAUCAGCACUAUCACGAUGCGGAACACUUUAUCCGCUCAGAGUUUGAUCAGCUUCAGAGAAAUCUGAGUGCCACAGUGUACGGCGAGGGGAGACGGCCGGCCCGGUCGCUGUCCCUGCGCGACACGCCUAGGACGACCACCCCGGCCACCUCCACGACGUCCUCGCGAAUACAGCAGGAUAAUCACGACCUUCACGACACGCUGGCGGCCAUGAACGACAGUUCUCUCUACUGCCAUGUGUCAGCUCACUCUCCUCUCACGCCGACCUCCACGCCCACCCCGGCGCCCACGCACGCGAGGAACGGCUCCGGCGACUACCAACACCAGGGCGACGUCGCCUCAUACGCCUCUUCCAGGGAUAUCAAGUACAUCUCGUCGGACGAGGGCGGCUUCGGAAGUCAGGACAGUGCAAACAUGGCCCGUUUGACGGUGGUCAAUCAGAGGCGAGGAGUUGGGCGUGGCAAGAAGAUCCCGCCAGAGGUCCCCCGACGCUCGUCUUCCAUCAAGUCCAGUGAGAGCAGUGGUAGUGUGGACAGUGCUGCGGCGCUAUCAACAGCCAACCAUAGAGUACAGUGUCAUCCACCAUCUUUGACACCACCUUCAUCUACUCCCUCAUCCCUCACAUCAGAAGGAGGACACAGUGACAGAGGCGCACUUAGAAGGUCUGCAGACAAUGGCUCUCUGUCCAGUGUUCAGUCCUCGGGCUCAGACUCUUCACUCUCUCAGUCUACGUCUGAUCGCGCUACUCCCCUAUCAACCCAUGACCAAGUUGAUAAUUCAGACUACCAUCCCACUUCCCCAAUAUGGAAGCGCAAGAAUCAGCAGAUGAGCACAAGUGAGGUCAUCUAUGACGAUAAGCGGUUGAGCAACAUCAGCGAAAACUCAGAAGAUUCCCUGCAGUCCCAUUCCUCGGAAGGAAUGACUUACUCUCAAACCAUCCCCUCACAGAUCCCACACUCUGCACGCUACGCUCAUGCUCAUUAUACCCAUACUCCUCACAUGCCCAAGGUGCCAGAAGUUGUUCGAAAGAGACAAUAUCGUGUUGGCCUGAAUCUCUUCAACAAGAAACCAGAGAGAGGUGUGACCUACCUGAUAGGACGAGGCUUCUUAGAAAAUUCCCCUCAAGCUGUAGCCAAGUUCUUAUUAACAAGAAAAGGUUUAAGCAAGCAGAUGAUUGGAGAAUAUCUUGGCAAUCUUCAGAACAGCUUUAACAUGGCUGUACUUGAGUGUUUUGCACAAGAGAUCGACCUGUCUGGUAUGCAGGUGGAUGUGGCUCUGCGUAAGUUCCAGACACACUUCCGAAUGCCAGGAGAAGCACAAAAGAUUGAACGCCUUAUGCAGGUGUUUGCUCAGCGGUAUUGUCAGUGUAACAGAGACAUUGUGGCAAAGCUAAGAGAUCCUGAAACCAUUUUUGUCUUAGCCUUUGCCAUUAUUAUGCUUAACACAGAUCUUCAUACUGCAUCCAUGAAACAAGAAAAGAGAAUGAAGAUUGAGGACUUUAUUAAGAAUUUAAGAGGUAUUGAUGAUGGGUAUGACAUUGAGCGUGAAAUGCUGGAAGGAAUGUAUCAGCGCAUCAAGGCGCAGGAGUUCAGACCUGGCCAUGAUCAUGUUACCCAGGUUCUAAAGGUACAACAGACGAUGGUAGGUAAGAAACCAAACUUGGCACUACCUCACCGUCGCCUAGUUUGCUACUGCCGACUUUAUGAAAUUCCUGACAUCACCAAGAAAGAGAGAGUUGGAGUCCACCAGCGUGAAGUCUUCCUCUUCAAUGAUCUGUUGGUUGUAACAAAGAUUUUCUCCAAGAAGAAAAAUUCUGUCACGUACACCUUUAGGCAAAGCUAUCCUCUAGCUGGUCUUGUGAUAUCCACAAAGGAGGUGCCACAUUAUCCAUAUCUCAUGGAAGUGCGUCAAAGAGUUGAUAACAAAGUCUUGAUUAUUUUCAAUGCGCGGAAUGAGCAUGAUCGCACCAAAUUUUGUGAGGAUCUGAAGGAGAGCGUAUGUGAAAUGGAUGAGAUGGAAUCUUUAAGAAUUGAGGGUGAGCUGGAGAAGCAAAAGGCUUCUUUGAGGGCAUCACGGCCCCAACUCUACAACUGAGAACAGAGACCCGGAGUUGCUGAUAUGGAGUUAUUGACUACAAAUGAGAAGAAUGGAACACUGAAAUCAGAUUCUACUCUAAAGAGAUCAGCUCUAAGUAACUCACUAUUGGACAUCCAUGAGGCUGUCCACUAGUGCCUCCAAUGAAACGUCUCCUGCCAGUGGUCCUCAACAACCUGUCACCACCUGCCA